GCUGCCCGCUGUUGCAAACAGGAAAAUGCAUCCUCUAACUCGCCCCUUGUAAAGGUCCUCCUGUAACAACAGCUGGAAGUUUUCAGGGAGACUGCUGGGCUGAGGUUUCCUCGAAGCUGCCACAAUUGAAUGUGUUCAAAGUGUCUGGAAGCAUUUUGCCUUAAUGGGCCGAGUUUUGAAGCCGUGUGGGGGGAAUUGGAUGGCUGAGUGAGAGCUGUCUGUUCAGAAGAGGUCGUGCCUGAGGAUUAAUAACAUGUCUAAAGAAAUGCAGGAACUACAGAAGCAGUGGCACUCCGUGAUGCAGACCAUCCACAGCAACGCAAAUGUUGUCGCCUUCAUGAACUCUCGAGUUGGCCAAUAUUUAGAUGACCAUCCCUUUGUUGCCUUAUCACUCCUGAUGUUUAUUGCAGUGUCUGCCAUUCCUGUUGGAUUUUUCCUGGUUUUUGUUGUUACAACAGCUGUAAUGGCCUGUAUUGGUGUGAUAGUCAUGGAAGGUGUUGUCAUAGCCAUAGGUGGCAUAGCCCUUCUGUGUGUGCUCUGUGGCCUGGGAGCCCUGUCCCUGGGAGUUUCUGGAGUGCUGAGUGUUUCUUACAUUGCACUUUCAACUCUGGUCAACUACUGGUAUGCAUCAAGGGGCCAGAUAAGGAAGCAAGAUGUUAAUGGAAGUUUACCACAGAAGCAGCCUGGCUUGGAUCUUUCUGCCAAUACUGGAAAAAGUGAAUAAGUAGAUUUCACCCCACUUCAUAGGCACUUAGCUGUACAGUUCCAGCCUUUGCUAUGUAAUUGUUUACUCAUUUAGCAUUCAGCCCUUGUGUAUUCCUGGAGAGUGAGAAAAAUCAAUAUACAUCUUACACUUGCACUGCAAAGGGAUUUUAAGAAUAACCCAGCAGCAGUAGUGCAGUGCAGGAGUAAGUAUAUGUACAUGAUGGAAUAGUCCAUAAAGUUUGGUAAAGGGAUGUAAGAGUAGUUGGUACUGUUAUAUCAAUGGCAAAUAAGUGGACAGAAAGGGGAGGGAGAUAUUUGACUUCUCAGAUACUGGAGUUCUGAAUGUACUCUCUUUAGUACAUAGCAGUGGUCAUUUUGAUACAGAAGUAUCAAAGUUCAGAACAAUAGAAACACAUUUUGAAUGUGGAAAAGUAUUUGUAAGCCUUAACAAAAAGAAGUAUUUGUAAGCCUUGUUAAAAUAGUACAAGUACACCAGGCCAAUGCUUUAUGUUCAUUAUACAGGGAAAAGUGGGUUUGUCAUGGUGUCAUGGUCUAAGCUUUCAUCUCCCUUUAGCUCUUGUGUUAUUAAGGGACAUUUUCCUUAUUCUCAUUGCCUCAGCACAGCAGGGGUACACUUAAGUCUUGUAUUUAAAGUGCCUGCUUUGGUUCUCAGUUGUAACUUUGUGUAUGUUAUUUAAACUUUUUUCGUUUUUGCAAAUGCUAUUAUAUUUUUAAGCAUUAAGAAAGUAUCUAACUAUAUUAGCUUAAUAAAGUGCU